AGUAAAAUGCAUUGACGGGAGCGAAAGGCAGUUAUUCCGUUUUUACGACACAAAGCUGGAUUUAUUGAUGUGCAACUGAGGAAAUUCAAAGCUGAUGUUUAAUGCAAAGUUAAACAAAAGAUUCACUGGAAAUAAAGAAUUUCAUUGAAGUGAUUCACCCGCUGGCCAUGUCGGACAACGGCAACAUUUCCUACUGCCAAGCAGUAGGUAAUCGCACCUCGUUCUUCACCACCGCCUACAAUGGCAUUCCGGAAACCCUGAUUCUGAACACCAUCUUCUGGGUUCUUCUGAUCCUUCUGUUUACGACUCUGCGACACCAGGCGGGUGACUUUGGUCGCCUUGCGCUGGUCAACAGCAAUGGGAGCAAAAAGCGCUGGACGGAGAUCUUCUAUUCGCGGGCCGCCAGUGUGGUCGAUCCCCAGCCGAGCACCUCAACUCAGGUGUCGCCUAGGCCAAGCGCCACCUCCCAGGUGAUCGCCGACUCAACGCCUUUAUCACCCAUUCAGCCCGAGGAGGGUCUUUUCGGCUGGAUCAAAGUCACCCUGAAGCUGCGCAAGGAGACCAUCUUGCUGCACACUGGACCGGAUGCCGUGCAUUACCUGUCCUUUCAACUGCACCUGAUGGCCGUCAUGGCUCUGGUGACCAUCGUUUCGCUGGUCAUUAUUCUUCCGGUCAACUUCUUCAACGGUCCCAAGGAAAACCCUUACGACGUGAAUGCCUUUGGUCGCACUACAAUGGCGAAUCUCUCGCCAAAUUCGCCGUGGCUUUGGGUGCACACGAUCAUCACCAUUCUUUAUAUUCCGCUCGUGGUACUCAUCAUGCGGAGGGCCUCGGGACGGAAUGCCUUUAAGAAAGCCGCCACCCGCACCAUUAUGAUAUCCAACAUAUCGUCCAGCGAUCGUAACAAGACCGUGGUACGGAACUACAUGCAGGAGCUCUUCCCGGACGUCACCAUCGAGAACGUGUCGAUAGCGUACAACAUUUCACGACUUUAUGUAAGGAACGCAGAGUUUGAGCGAGUUCACGAUGCGAGAUUGUACUGCGAACAUCAUAGGAAUAGAGAUACUUUGAUGGCCAAACCCGACAUGUGUUCCUGCAAAAAGGAAAAUGCCUAUGAGUACUAUCAACGAGAGGAGCGUAAGUUAUCUGGGGAUGUGGCCCGUCUGCGCGCUUCCACGAUGAAUGAGCCCCUGGACAUUGCGUUUAUCACUGUGUCUACAGUGCAGGAGGCGCAGAAUAUUGUUACCCACUUCACACCGGGUACCUACCGCCAAUGGCACCUGGUGUUCGCUCCGUCACCGGAUGAUCUCUUCUGGGAGAACUUGAAUGUGAACAAAAGCCACUGGUACCUGAAGUUCUUUUGCGUGAACGCAGUGCUCUUCCUGGUUCUCUUCUUUCUCUCCACGCCGGCCAUUGUAGUAAGCCUGCUCAACAGCCGACCAUGGAUAAAGGAAACGGAAAGCAAGAUCUCGCCGCUUGUAUCUGAUUUCCUACCCACAUUGAUGCUCUGGACCCUGUCGGCGCUGAUGCCCGUGAUUGUGGCCAUUUCGGACAAGUGGAUGCGGCACUACACACGCUCCAAACAGAACUAUUCGAUCAUGACAAAGUGCUUUGGCUAUCUGCUUAUGAUGAUUAUGAUUCUGCCUUCCCUUGGACUGACUUCCGCUCAGGCGCUAUUGGAAUGGGGAUUUACUAACCAGACUGAGCGCUGGCAGUGCAUUUUCUUGCCUGAACGUGGCUCCUUCUAUGUAAACUACAUCAUUACAGCAGCGUUUAUUGGAACUGCGUUGGAGCUGUUGCGCUUCCCGGAGCUGAUUGUCUACAUUUGGUCAUUGCUAAAGGCAAAAUCCAAGGCCGAAACGCCGUACAUUCGCAAGGCAAUCCUCAUCGAGUUUCCCUUCGGAACGCACUAUGCCUGGACCACGCUCGUUUUUACCAUAGCCAUUGUCUACAGCGUGGCCUGCCCGCUGAUCAUGCCUUUCGCCAUGAUAUACAUCUGCCUGAAGCACUUCGUGGAUCGCCACAACCUCUAUUUUGCCUACGGACCAUCAAACAUGAUCUCUCGCAAGGGCGGAAAGAUCCACUCGACAGCAGUAACGAUGACCAAGUUCUCGGUAGUGAUCUUGGUGCUGGUCAUGGCCAUGAUAUGUUACUUCCGCGGCGAUGAGGGCAUGGCCCGCUUCCUGCUGCUUAUCAUCAGUCUGGCCAUUACCCUCACUCUGUUCACUUUUAUGUCACCAAUCAAACGAUGCGCUGCCACGCGGCGGCCAAGCAUUGUGGAGAUUGCCGGUCCGGCACCCAUCUACGUUCCCGAUGUGCUUAAAGAUAAUGGAGUAAGGACCAGCAGUGUUCGGCCCUCAGUAGCAGGAUUUGGGGGAUACGGCUCCGACAGCGUUUCCGAGUACGAUAGCUCGCAGUACAGCGUCAACAGUGUGGAGGCGUAAAUAGUAUUAGCGUCGGGAGACCCUACAUUUAUUUUUGUAAAAUAUCUAUAGAAGCCACUGAGAACUUUGCAAGUUGACGGCUUUAAUUUGCAUACGAAUGAAUGACAGGAGGAUAACAGCAAGAUAAUUUGUGAUACCUAGACCAGCCAGACCAGCCAGAUUUUGAUAUGUCCCUUGCACGCAAACGCGAGUGCAAUAUUUAUUUCUGAUGUGUAUAUAAUCUACCUAAUUUUCCAAUUUUAUCUGUAACAACUGUACAUACUAUAUUUCUUUGCUAAAUGCUUAACAAAGAGCUUCAUGCUAAUUUUCGAAACAGUAAUGCUGUUAAUAUUUUACAAAUGAAACACACAGUGCAUUAUAUUAUUUCACGUAAUUUUUUUAUUUAUGAUAAAUAAAAAACUAUUAAGUUUAUGCGUAUCUCUUUUGCAUACAGAGUUACGAGUACGAGUUAUAAUUAUUUUAAUAUUUCCUUUAGAAAAUUAGCCUGCAAGUGUCACUUCUAUUGUUAAUUGAAGGAGAACUAUCAAUUAAAAGUAAACGAAAUACAAUUAGUCCAAUAAA